AGUUCCGGACCAUAAAUAGGAGGCACUGCCGGCUCCAUCCAGCUUCCACACUCGCAUUCCCAGGCUCCCUCGCACCCCAGGCUUCCCAGCCAAGUCUCAUCUUCACACGGACUCCUGCCUGCCCUGGAUCCACUCGUGUCCACACGCUUGCUGACAGUCUGCUCACCCUGAUGGCAUCCUAUGCAGCCACACUACUGGCUCUCAGCCUACUAAGCCUCUGGACCUCUCCUGCUCUGGGAGAUGCUAACGAUGCUGAAGACUGCUGCCUGUCUGUGACUCAGCACCCCAUCCCUGGGAAUCUGGUUCGAGCCUUUCGCUACCUGCUCAUUCGAGAUGGCUGCAGGCUGCCUGCCGUGGUGUUCACCACGCUGAAAGGUCGCGAGCUCUGUGCACCCCCUGGCCAGCCCUGGGUGGAGCGCAUCAUCAAGAGACUGAAGAGGAAAUCUGCUAAGAGCAAGCACCACCGCAACUAGCCCCUGACAGUCCCGCAGGGAGCCCUGUGUCCUGUGUCCUGAGUGAAAGAAUGUGAAUCACUGAAGCCCUGGGGAGACAAGCACCGGCACAGAGGACCAGACCUCCAGGAGCGUCACUGGGAGUGGGAGUGAGACUGAGUGUGGCGGAAGCACAGUGUUUCCACGCCCAGACUGCAAUGCUUUCAAUAAAGCCCAGCUGGUACCCAUGAA